CUUGACAUAGUGGUCGUUGGCGGCCGUGUGGUAGCGAAUCUUCUAGCGUUUCUACGGAGACAAUUUAUUUUGUAUUUGUGUAUUUGUUUGUGUGCGCGCGCGUGUGAGUGUAUCAAGUUAAUGUUCUCCGUCUUCCAUAGAGCCAUAUACAAAUAUCCACUUCGGGCACAGGGGCAUUUAUUAUUUUUCUUACGCGAUCAACGAAAACUGGCGUCCAGAAUGGCUUUUCAGUACCCCGCCGCUUAUCGUGACGAUGCAGUCGUGGAUGAUUAUCAUGGCUACAAAAUACCAGAUCCAUACAGUUGGCUGGAGGACCCCGACAGCGAAAAGACGCAGGCGUUUGUCAGUGCUCAGAAUCAACUCACGUUGCCAUUUUUGGAGCGCUGUGAGGUGCGGGAUCUGUUCAAGGAGCGCAUGACUGAGCUGUACGACUAUCCCAAGUAUAGCUGUCCCUUCAAAAGGGGAAACAGGUACUUUCACUUCUACAACACUGGCCUCCAGAACCAGAGUGUGAUGUACGUGCAGGAGAGCCUGGAUGCAGAGCCUUCUGUCUUUUUAGAUCCCAACACGUUUUCCGACGACGGGACAGUUGCCUUGCGAGGCUACGCGUUCUCCGAAGAUGGAGAGUACUUGGCGUACGGUACCAGUGCCAGCGGCUCGGAUUGGGUGGAGAUGCACUUCCUGCGAGUGGAAGGUGCCGUGCGACUGGAGGACCGUCUGGAGCGGGUCAAGUUUAGCUGUAUGUCAUGGACGCAUGAUGGGAAAGGCCUUUUCUACAACUCGUACCCCGAGCAGGAAGGCAAGAGCGAUGGCACCGAGACCUCGACUAACUUAGACCAGAAGCUCUACUUCCACGUUUUGGGAACCCCGCAGUCUGACGACGUGCUGUGCGCUGAGUUUCCCGAUCACCCCAAGUGGAUGAGUGGAGCCGAGGUUUCAGAUGAUGGCCGCUAUGUGCUGCUGUCCAUCAGGGAAGGUUGUGACCCUGUCAACAGACUGUGGUAUUGCGACCUCAAGAAGACCCCUCAGGGCAUUGCAGGACUUUUGCCUUGGGUGAAGCUCAUCGACAACUUUGACGCCGAGUACGAGUACGUAACCAACGAGGGCACGGUGUUCACGUUCAAGACCAAUCUGGAGGCCCCCCGUUACCGCCUCAUCAACAUUGACUUUGCCUCGCCGGCGCAGAGCGACUGGACAGAGUUGAUCCCUCAGCAUGACAAGGACGUCAUUGUAUUCGCCACCUGCACGUACUCCAGCUACCUGUUUGUGUGCUUCCUCCACGACGUGAAGAACGUCUUGAAAAUGUAUCGUCUCAGUUCCGGGGAGGAGCUCCGAACUUUUCCUCUGGAUGUCGGCUCCGUGGUCGGAUUCACGGGAAGGAAGCGCGACUCGGAGAUCUUUUACUAUUUUACCUCCUUCCUCUCGCCAGCCAUCAUUUAUCACUGCGACUUGACCAAGGAGCCUCUGCAACCGCAUGUCUUCAGAGAGGUCACAGUCAAAGGCUUUGACCCGUCCGACUACCAGACCACCCAGAUCUUCUACGCUUCCAAGGACGGCACUCAGAUCCCCAUGUUCAUCGUUCACAAAAAGGGCAUCAAGCUGGACGGCUCCCACCCGGGCUUCCUCUACGGCUACGGCGGCUUCAACAUCUCCAUCACGCCCAGCUACAGCGUCUCGCGGCUCAUCUUUGUGCGACACCUGGGCGGAGUCCUGGCCGUCGCCAACAUUCGGGGGGGUGGGGAGUACGGCGAGACCUGGCACAAAGCUGGCAUGCUGGCCAACAAGCAGAACUGCUUCACGGACUUCCAAUGUGCGGCCGAGUACCUCAUCAAAGAGGGGUACACCUCUCCGUCCAAGCUCACCAUCAACGGAGGCUCAAACGGCGGCUUGCUCGUAGCGGCGUGCGUGAACCAGCGGCCAGAGUUGUUUGGCUGCGCCGUGGCUCAGGUGGGGGUCAUGGACAUGCUCAAAUUUCACAAAUUCACCAUCGGCCACGCCUGGACCACCGACUUUGGCUGCUCGGAAGAAAAAGACCAGUUCGAAUGGCUCAUCAAAUACUCCCCUCUCCACAACAUCCGUGUCCCAGAGGACAACGGGGUCCAGUACCCCGCCGUCCUCCUGCUGACGGGCGACCACGACGACCGGGUGGUGCCGCUCCACUCGCUCAAAUACAUCGCCACCCUGCAGCACACGGUGGGCCGCAGCGGCAAGCAGUCCAACCCCCUGUUCAUCCUCGUGGACACAAAGUCGGGCCACGGCGCUGGCAAGCCCACCAGCAAGGUCAUCCAGGAGGUGGCGGACACCUACGCCUUCAUCGCUCGCUGUCUCAAAAUCUCAUGGGUCAAAUAACGGGCGUCUCCUGUCGACGCGUGCGUGCAUAUUUGCCCCCAAUCUAUUGCCCCCCCCCCUCCCUCGAAGAACUCCUUCUGCACUUAAUUGAAAGAACCACAAGCUAAUGUGCAAAAAGGCCAUCAGUGUGGGCGGGGUUACAAUAA